GUCGACCUUUCAGACUCCGCGCAUGAAUCAGCCAGCUAUUUGACGCGUCUCGCAGCUCCAGUAUGUGCGGCCAGGACUGCUGGGGGGGCUUGAGCCGCCUGCUCUGAGAGAAAAAACCCAAACCACGGUCCUCGUCGCUUUUUUCGGGCUUUUUUUUUCUUCUUUUUUUGGCUGAAAAAAAAAAAAAUCUCCCUUCUUCUUUUUGACACAACUUGUCAGAGAAGUCUCUCUUUCUGCAGCCGCCCGCUGCUCCUGGAAGGCGGCGGCUUUCGUCCGGAGCUGUUUUUUCCCAGAGAAACAAGUGUGAAGCAAGUGUGUGGGAAGAGGGAGCAACAGAUGUUCGUGGGGGACAUGCAGCCGGCCGCGGAAUGAGAGCAGCGAGCCGCCGCCGCCGGCGGCCCCUGCAGCGGCUCUGCUGCGGCGGAGUCGCGCUGCUCGCCGUGCUGGGGCUCACGCUGCUCAUCCCGGCUCCAGAGACGGAGUCCUCUGGGCUUCAGCCAGGCGUGAACGGUGGGCCGCUGCGAUGGACACGCAGGUUGAUGCAAGAGAAGUCAGACAACCAGAGCCUGGAUGAGCCGCGAGCAGCUAUCCACGAGUUUCCCCAGGACAUCUUUACCAAGGAGCAGAGGAAGAACGGGGCUGUUCUUCUGCACGUGCUCUGUGCCAUCUACACCUUCUACGCUCUGGCCAUCGUCUGCGACGACUACUUUGUUCCCUCCCUGGAGAAAAUAUCCGAGAACCUGCAGCUCAGCGAGGAUGUGGCCGGGGCAACGUUUAUGGCCGCGGGAAGCUCCGCCCCCGAGCUUUUCACGUCUCUCAUUGGCGUCUUCAUCACUAAAGGGGACGUUGGAGUCGGCACCAUCGUGGGUUCGGCGGUCUUCAACAUCCUGGUCAUCAUCGGCCUCAGUGGAAUCUUUGCAGGCCAGACAGUGGUUCUGACGUGGUGGUCUCUUUUUAGAGAUUCCUCUUACUACAUCCUGUCCGUGCUGGCGCUCAUCAUGGUCAUCUAUGACGCCAGAGUUUUCUGGUGGGAGUCCCUGUCCCUCAUCACCAUGUACGGCAUCUACAUUAUAAUCAUGAAGUUCAACUCUCCGAUCUCGGUGUUUGUGGCGCGCAUUGCCCACAGUGGUGGGCCGUGCUGUCACAGAUCAGAGGAGCACCGGGAAGACAAGACGGGAGAGGAUGCUGCCGGCUGCAACACGUCCAUGGUGCUUAUCAACAAAGGACAAGUUCACUGCCAGGAGCCUCCUCCAGUCCUCAUGGUGGACGAGCUGCUCAUCCUCCACCCCCACAAGCUGUCCUUCUCCGAGGCCGGCCUGCGCAUCAUGAUCACGCCCCACUUCUCGCCCCGCACCAGGCUCUCCAUGGCCGGCCGCGUGCUCAUCAGCGAGAGGCAGAGACUGAUCCGGACGUCCAGGUCCGGGCAGGACGGGGACGCCGGCCCCGGGUCCAGGGCCGGGUCCAGGGGGGGGUCCAGGGCGGGCUCCACCAGCAACAGCCUGAAGAGGACCGGCUCCUGCAGCCUGGAGAACGGAGGGGGGAGACCCGGGGGAGACGACCCGGAGUCAGGAGACAAACCCGGGACGGUGUGCCCAGCAGAAGACGAGGAGGAAGACGAGGAUGAGGGUUUUAGUCCUGUUCGCUGGCCAGGCAGCUGCUGUGCGCGGGUGAAGUGGCUGAUCACGUGGCCCCUGAGCGUCCUGCUCUACUGCACUGUGCCUAACUGUGUUCGGCCCCGCUGGCACCGCUGGUUCAUGGUCACCUUCGCCGCCUCCACCCUGUGGAUCGCCAUCUUCUCCUACCUCAUGGUGUGGAUGGUCACCAUCAUCAGCUUUACACUCGACAUCCCAGACUACAUCAUGGGCAUCACCUUCCUGGCCGCAGGGACCAGCGUACCCGACUGCAUGGCCAGCCUGAUCGUGGCUCGGCAAGGCAUGGGAGACAUGGCUGUAUCCAACUCCAUCGGCAGCAAUAUCUUUGACAUCCUGCUGGGCCUGGGCUUCCCCUGGACUCUGCGCACCCUCGUGGUGGAACACGGCUCCAUAAUCUCAAUAAAUAAUAAAGGACUUGUAUAUUCUGUCGUCCUGCUGCUGGCAUCAGUAUUUCUGACAGUGACGAGCGUUCACCUGAACCACUGGAGGUUGGACCGCCGGCUGGGCCUGGGCCUCCUGUUCCUCUACGCCAUCUUCCUGCUCUGUUCCAUCCUCUUCGGGCAGAUGUGAGGCCUUAAAGCCCGACGUCCACCUCGUCAGAAGACUUACCACUCGUCCUCUUACCUGAAGCCAAAAAACAACGACAAAAAACAAACAAAACAACAAAAAAACAAACCCACAAGCGUGACAUUGCUGUUUUGUUCCUUGUUAGUAUUUCUGCGCACUUCUUUAGGAAUCCCGUGGUCCCUUUCUGUGAAGUACAGUGUUUGAUAGCAGUCUGUAGGUACCAAGUAGGGUGGCUUAAAAAAUAUGAAAAAUGAAUGAGUUGACAAAUGGAAAUAGCAGUAUUAUUAGGCACUUUUAUUCAAAAGAAUUAGCUAUCACUGUUUAUUUACUCAUAUUUUCAUGAAGGUUUCCAACAGUAAUUGAACUCAGUUGUACUAAAUCCUAUUUUUGGACCUUUUCGUUGCUCCCAGUUCCCUCAGAGCUUAUUUUCGCAGCGAAAGGUCCACCUUAGUUGAACUUACAGGACUGUCUCAGAAAAUUAGAAAUAUUGUGAUAAAGUUCUUUAUUUUCCGUAAUGCAAUUAAAAAAACAAAAAUGUCAUACAUUCUGGAUUAAUUACAAAUCAACUGAAAUAUUGCAAGCCUUUUAU